AUGUCUGACCCCCAGAAUCUCCACUUUGAGACCCUCCAGUUGCACGCCGGCCAUGAACCUGACUCCGAAACCAAUUCCCGCGCCGUCCCCAUCUACGCAACAACAUCCUACACAUUCAAUGACUCCGCCCACGGCGCCCGCCUCUUCGGCCUAAAAGAAUUCGGCAACAUCUACAGCCGAAUAAUGAACCCAACAGUCGACGUCUUCGAAAAACGCAUCGCAGCCCUAGAAGGCGGCGUCGCUGCCGUCGCCGCCGCCUCAGGCCAAGCAGCGCAAUUCAUGGCCAUUUCCGCCCUCGCCCACGCGGGCGAUAACAUCGUUUCCACGAGCAAUUUGUACGGCGGCACGUAUAACCAGUUCAAGGUCCUUUUCCCGCGCCUGGGUAUCAAGACCAAGUUCGUGGCUGGCGAUAACCCGGCUGAUAUCGCCGCUGCUAUUGAUGAUAAGACUAAGGCGGUUUAUGUCGAGACGAUUGGGAAUCCUAGGUAUAAUGUUCCUGAUUUCGAGGCCAUUGCUAAGGUUGCGCAUGAAAAGGGCGUUCCGGUCGUUGUUGAUAAUACCUUCGGUGCGGGCGGGUACUUUGCUCGACCGAUCGAUCACGGCGCGGACAUCGUCGUGCACAGCGCGACAAAAUGGAUUGGCGGCCACGGCACCACGAUCGGCGGCGUAAUCGUCGACAGCGGCAAAUUUGACUGGGGCAAGGCUGGCGCUCGAUUCCCGCAAUUCGUCGAGCCCUCCGAGGGCUACCACGGGCUGAAGUUUUGGGAGACGUUUGGGUCCAUUGCGUUUGCUAUUCGGGUCCGGGUCGAGACGCUGCGUGAUGUUGGCGCUGCGUUGAAUCCCUUUGCGGCUCAGCAGUUGAUUUUGGGGUUGGAGACGCUUAGUCUGCGCUGUGAGCGCCAUGCCGCGAAUGCGAUUGCUCUCGCUAGAUGGUUGCAGAAGAAUGAGAAUGUUAGUUGGGUUUCGUACCCGGGUCUUGAAGAUCAUGCGUCGCAUGAGACGGCGAAGAAGUACCUCCCCCGUGGUUUUGGUGGGGUUCUUUCUUUUGGGGUUAAGGGUGGUGCGGAGGCUGGGAGUCAGGUUGUUGAUGGAUUCAAGUUGAUUUCGAAUCUUGCUAAUGUUGGCGAUUCUAAAACCCUGGCUAUUCACCCUUGGUCUACGACCCAUGAACAGCUUACUGAUCAGGAACGCGAGGAUUCGGGCGUUACUGAAGAUGCGAUUCGUAUCUCUGUUGGAACGGAGCAUAUCGAUGAUAUUAUUGCUGACUUUGAGCAGUCGUUCCAGGCUUCUAAAGCUGCGCUGCCGGAUCGUACGGCCUAG